AUGCGCCACAGUGUGGCCCUAUGUCUGGUCCUGUUGAGCGUUUUUUUGCUACUGGCCCAUGAGCACAGCGUUGCGGGCAGUUCCGCUUCCAACUACAACGACUACUACUACAACAAUGCGAGCGUGAGGCAGCUGCGUUUCCACAACUUCGAGCCGCGACUCAAGGAGGAUAGAGAGGAGAGGGGCGAACGUGAAGCACGCGGCUUCCAUUUCAGCGCCAGCGGCGAGGAUGUCAGCGUGGAAAUGGAGUUCAUAGUGCCCUUUGUCAAAGUGCCCGCCAAGCGCAGCAUGCAGCUGGCCCGCGAUGCUGUCCAGGGUCUGCUCAAUCUGCGCACCGGAGCCCUGCUCAACACGGCGGUCAUUGUGGCCGCCGGGGCCAUUAUAGCCGGAAUUGUGCGUCUGGUGCUGGCGCCGCUGGUCUUUACAUCCAUUAACAAUGCCCAGGGCUAUGGCUACAGUGGCAAGCAGUACGAGGAGCAGCCAACGGACAGCAAUACCAUCAGCCGUGGCAUGCGUAGUCUGACCCAGGUGCUGGAAUCGCAGCUGGACGAGCACAGCAUCGAUGUCUCCAGUUGUGCCCAGCGCGCCAUUUGCCACUACUUGCAACACAAUGCAGCACAGUCGCAGCGCCUCAACCUGAGCCCAUCAAAUGCCGCCAGGCUCAUCGAUGUCCUGGCCAACUCACGCUGGCUGGACUCCUAUCUAAAUGGAACGGCCGUCUUUAGCGCCAUUGAUGCGGCACGCAGCAGCCGCAACUGCGACCAAAUCUAUAGCAGCUGCAGCUGGCCGCAGCUUUCGCGCAGCCCUAGCUUUAGGUUUAAUGUAGUGCAAAACUUCCUCAAUUGGUUCCUCAAAACAAAACGCUUUCGCACCUCAGCCCAGUUGGAGCUUAUGUCACGGCUGCGCAACAGCCAGCAAGCUGCAGCAGAAAUUGGAGCAGCGGCUCAGUGCAAAUUAUCACAGCCAAGAGGCAACGAAGCGGCGAGUGGCAAAUUUGCUGGCGGCACCGGACCUCUAGGCGGAAGCAUGCAGCUUUUAUAUCUGACUGUGGCUAGUCUCAUCCUGGCCGGCGGCGUGGGCAGCAAGGAGGAGUCCGAGCAGUCCAAGCAGUCCCAGCAUGUGAGCUCCGGCUCCACAACUGCAGCAGAGCACAAGCAGCAGAAGAACAAUCCGGGAAUACGUCUGAUAUCCUUUGACAGCGUUGACAAGGACAUCGCCUUGGGUCUAAACUAUCUGAUGCCAUUUGUGGAGGUGCCCGUUCAGCGCAAACGAAACGCGCCGCCCAAGCCCCUGGUCAUCGUGAACUCCGCCGCUAUCGUCAGCUGCAGCCUGGUGGCCGCUGGCGGCAUUCUCGUGGGCCAUUUGAUACGCAGUCUGGGCCUGGAGACCAUUGUGGAGGAUGUCAAGUCUGAGGACUCUGCCAAGCACACGGCGCGUAGCCUGAUCGACGAGGAGCAGAGUUUCCUACAGCUGUUCGAUAACUUUAAGCUGAUUUAUCGGAAUUCCAGCGGCGAUCGUGUGGAGACCGCACUGCCCAGUCUUAUGAGCACCAUCGAACGCACCUUUUUGGAGAACGACAUCAAUCUGCCCGUUUGCCUGCUCAAGUCAAUCUGUGCGCUGACCCACAAGGCGGGCGAGAAGGUGCGCAAUGGUCAGGCCUCCGACUUGGAGCUGAUGCUCGAUGGCGCCACCAGCUGGACCUGGCUGCUCUCCUGGCUGGAGCAGUCGCCGCUGCGCGAGGCCAUCCAAGCGGGACGCAUAGCUUCCCCACAUUACUGCCACAUCAAAUAUCCACGCUGCAAGUGGACAGCGCCCGAGGAGCAACUGCUCGACUUGCUCCACAAUAAUGUGCAAUUCAAAUGA